CGCCGCCGCCGUGCGCCGCGGGCUGCGCCAUGGCCGCCUUACGGCCGGGAGCCCGGGUCUGCCGCCCGCCGCUGCGCCGCGCCCUGGCCGACUGCGGCCGUCGGCUCGGCCCGGAGCGCGGGGCGGAGCGCGGGGACGCGGCGCCGAGCCGGGUCUGUCCUCCAAGAUUCUGCCCUCCAAGAAAAUCUUGCCAUGACUGGAUUGGACCCCCAGAUAAAUAUUCAAACCUCCGACCUGUUCAUUUCCAUGUCCCAGAAAAUGAAUCACCAUUGGAACAAAAGCUUAGAGAAUUAAGACAGGAAACACAGGAAUGGAACCAGCAGUUCUGGGCCAACCAGAAUUUGGCUUUUAGUAAGGAAAAAGAAGAAUUCAUUCGCUCUAGACUGAAAACUAAAGGCCUGGGCCUGAAAACGGAUGCAGGUCAAAAAGGAACAUUGUCUGCAGAAGAAAUGGCUGACUUCUACAAGGAAUUUUUGAGUAAAAAUUUUCAGAAGCACAUGUGUUAUAACAGAGACUGGUACCAGCGUAACUUCACCAUCACCUUCCUCAUGGGGAAGGUGGCCUUGGAGAGGAUUUGGAGCAAGCUGACACAGAAGCAAGGGAAGAGGAACAGCUCCGACUCCUGACCGCCAGCCUGGCCACUGGCCAGGGCCCCGGAGACCUUGUCAGGAAUGUUGUAACUAAAGCUCUGAGCACUGGG